CCACUGCCGUGCCACAUCCUAACAUCAUCAGCACAAGACAAGGCUUUCUUUUGUUCCCUCAUUCAUUACUAGAACCGACUUUAUUUUCGCAAUACACCGGCCAUAAAAUGAAAUAGAAACCGUUCUUACCGAAACCGCUUUCACUUUUACAACCACCAUUCUACCCGAUCGGCACGCGACCCGAGGUUGCUAUUCAACCAUGCCGUCAGAAACCCAAGAUACACCCGGCAUAGCCGCUCUUCCUCCAGCGAAACCCGCCGAUGCACCCCGACGAUGCUUCAUCUGCCUGACCGACGAAGAUCCCUCAGAUCCCCCAGGAUCAUGGGUCGACCCCUGCGGAUGCACCCUCGAAGCCCACCAGGACUGCAUGCUUUCAUGGGUAACGGAUUGUGAACGCUCCAACAAACCUCUCCAGUGCCCAGUAUGCAAGGAUCGCAUUCAGCUGGAAGGACUAUGGGAUCCUAUCGUUGUUAUGACGGAUGCCAUCGCAAACAAGUUCACUCGCGCAAGUCCUUUCAUGUUGCUCUCCUCUGUCACACUCGGAGUGCAGUUCAGUCUCCAGAUGUAUGGCGCUUUCGCUAUGUGGGCUUUCUCAGGCCGCGAGGCUCUAGUCGACUAUGUUCUUGGUCAUGAGAUCUGGGUUCAUGGGGAGGCAUCACGAAUUUUGAUGUCUGGGGGUGAAAGACUAGGCAAUGCACUGGUUUUAACCAACGUGGGACCGGCUCUGCUGGUCGGACAGCUUAUGCCAUGGUUUGGGAACAAGAUCUUCCUGUCUACGGCUUCACUGUAUGGCGUUUAUCAAGUCAUGCAUGACGACACCUUCUUGACCUGGCCUCCUUCACCCCAGCUCGCGAUGGCAGUGUUUCCCUACGUGAGGUCUGCCUACCUCAACCUUUGGCGCGAAUUUAUCUUCCCUUAUGAAGUCAACCUCAAUCGACAGAUCAUGGGGCUUCCCCCAGUCGAACCCCGACGAGAUCAGCCUCCUGCCAACGAGCGACAACCCGAACAACGGAACGGAGAAGGCGGUGUUGUGGGUUUUCUAAAUGGGCUCAUUGAAGCUCUCGAAGGCGAUGACAUCGAUGAGGAUGGCCAGGAUGAUGCUGGCGCCGGCGGCCGAGACGCGGAUGGUGAGCAGGGCGGAGGAGUUGUUAUCGAACUGGUCAUCGAGGAGGUUGAUAGAGAUGACCAAGAAGGCUUUGAUGUUAGGCCAGCAGGACAAAACGAAAUGGCUCCACAGGGACCUGUCGACGAUGCACCCGCGCCGCGUCCGGCAGAGGAGGAGGCUCAAGGGGCAGCAGACGAGCCUCAUGACCCAGCCCAUGCUCCUGAAGAACCGGCCCAUGAUGCAGUUGCCGUCCCAGCUGUUGUACCUGAUGCAGGAAAUGGGGAUCAAGCUGCUCAACAAAACCAACAUGAAGCUCCCCAAGCGCCGCCCGCCCGCCGACCCGGUCUAGGAACGAUUCUAUCCGGAGUAUCCAAUGCCAUAGUAAGCGCACUGAUCCUUCCUGGUGUGUCGUUUGCCAUGGGUGAGCUUCUACGCCUAGCCCUACCUAAGCAAUGGACUGCUGCAUCUUCCUUUCCACGGGGAAGUACUAUGCGUCCUGGACUGCUCCAGCAACAAUGGGGGCGAAGUCUCGUCGGUGGGUGCCUCUACGUGGUACUCAAGGAUUUUCUUAGACUGUAUACCAAGUACCGCAAGGUAGCUGCUAUAGGGAACAGGAAGGUCAAAAACGUUGACAGAGCCCGACGACGAGCUGGGAAAUGAGAAGCUCGAGAUGGGUAAUGCCUGCUCUGGAGAGAGGGAGGGAUGGACGCUGUCAUAAUGAUUGCAUUAACCGGCGUUAUGGAUUUGUAUAGCCAGGCCAGGGGCUUUUGCUUCAGGAGUGAAGGGGCAUUGCUAUAGCGAGAUACUACAGAGAUAUACCAGAAUAAACCAUUCAACUCUUUAA